AUGGCGCUCUACUCUGUCAUCCUUCCUACUUAUAACGAAAGGGAGAAUCUUUCUCUGAUAGUUUAUAUGCUAUAUGAGACAUUUACUACUCACAAGCUGAAGUUUGAGAUCCUCGUGGUGGACGACAAUAGCCCCGAUGGCACUGCAGCUGAGUAUCGUCGGCUGCAGCAGGUCCUGGACCCCGAGAGGCUGCAUUUGCUGCAACGCCCUGGAAAAUUGGGCCUUGGCUCCGCUUAUGCAGAUGGCCUAAAGCAAAUUAAGGGGAACUUUGUGAUCCUCAUGGAUGCAGAUUUCUCCCAUCACCCCAAGUUCAUCCCAGACUUCAUCCGGAAACAAAAGGAUACGAAUUGUGAUGUGGUGACGGGCUCUCGAUAUAUUCCAGGAGGCGCUGUCCACGGGUGGAGCCUGCGGCGCAAGGUCAUAAGCCGAGGUGCAAACUUCCUCGCCCAGCUACUUCUUGAUCCGGCGGUUAGCGACUUGACGGGCUCCUUCCGCUUGUUUAAGCGGGAGGUCCUCGAGGCGCUGAUGCCCAAGAUUCAGUCCAAGGGAUAUGCAUUCCAGAUGGAGAUCAUUGUGAGGGCCCGUGCCUCCGGUCUCAGCAUCGAAGAGGUUCCCAUCACCUUUGUAGACCGGAUGAACGGGGAGUCCAAGCUCGGGCAGAUGGAGAUCGUGCAGUACCUCAAGGGUCUGCUGUACCUUUUCUGGAGUGUAUAG